AUGCAAGUGCCGGUUCUUGGCUGCACUUUCCUCACGCUGUCAGAUCGUGAGGAAAGUACUGCCGAGAACCGGCAGUUGUCAGAGCGGGGAUCGGCACCGAUCAUCAGGGCACUGAUGAUCAGUGCCCUGAUGAUCGGUGCCCAGCAGUGCCACCCGCAAGCUCCGCCCACCUGUGCCCAGCAGUGCGUCCACUAGCUCCGCCCACCUGUGCCCAGCAGUGCACCCACCUGUGCCCAGCAGUGCACCCAUCUGUGCCCAGCAGUGCACCACCUGUGCCCUCUGCAGUGUCACACCACACCUGUGCCCAGCAUGCAGUGCUGCCAGUCAGUGCCACCAGUCAGUGCCCAGGGGUUGUGCCAGUCAGUGCCGCCAGUCAGUGCCCAGCAGUGAUGCCAGUCAGUGCUGUCUAUCAGU